AUGUUUAACCUGGAGCGCCCGUUCACGGAGAGGGGCCACUUCUUCCCCUCCAUGGAGUACCAGCGGCAGCUGGAGGAGGAGGAGGGCUACCCGCCGCCCGGCACCAACGGGACCUUCAACGACAGCGGUGCCGGGUCGGGCUGGGGCACGCCGUACCCCCUGCACACCACCGUCACCCUCAUCAGCCUGGCGGUCUUGCUCAUGCUUUUCACCGUCUUUGGCAACGUCCUGGUCAUCAUCGCUGUCUUCACCAGCCGUGCACUCAAAGCCCCCCAGAACCUCUUCCUGGUCUCCUUAGCCUCGGCAGACAUCCUGGUGGCCACGCUGGUCAUCCCCUUCUCCCUGGCAAAUGAGGUCAUGGGAUACUGGUACUUUGGCAAGGUCUGGUGCGAGAUUUACCUGGCCUUGGAUGUCCUCUUCUGCACCUCCUCCAUUGUGCACUUGUGUGCCAUCAGCCUGGACCGCUACUGGUCCAUCACACAAGCCAUCGAGUACAACCUCAAGCGUACCCCACGCCGCAUCAAGUGCAUCAUUUUUAUCGUCUGGGUCAUCUCAGCUGUCAUCUCCUUCCCACCACUCAUCUCCAUUGAGAGGAAGAGUGGGCAGCAGGCUGACCAGGGGGUGGCAGAGUGCAAGAUCAAUGAUGAGAAGUGGUACAUAAUCUCUUCCUGCAUCGGCUCUUUCUUUGCCCCCUGCCUCAUCAUGAUCCUGGUGUACAUGCGCAUCUACCAAAUAGCCAAGAGACGGACCAGGGUACCACCGAGCAGAAGGGCAGAGUGCCCUGAGAAGAGGCAGAAUGGCUUGGCUGACAAGGAGGACCUACCAGCAACAGCCCAGCUUAACGGGGAGAAGGUGGCAGGAGGCAGUGGUGGGCAGGAAGGGGAGGUCAACGGCAUAGACAUGGAAGAGACCUCCUCCUCCGAGCACCAGGAGAACAGCCGGUGUAAGAAGUCAGAGAGACCGUCGAGGGGCAAGGCCAAGACUAAGUUGAGCCAGAUUAAGCCUGGGGACAGUUUGCCCAGGAAGGCAGAGGAAGAGAGGAACACCAAAGGGUCCCGGUGGAGGGGCAGGCAGAACCGGGAGAAGCGUUUUACCUUUGUGCUGGCAGUGGUGAUCGGGGUCUUUGUCAUCUGCUGGUUCCCCUUCUUCUUCACCUACACACUGAUGGCCCUCUGCAAGAGCUGCUCCGUGCCUGAAACCCUCUUCAAGUUCUUCUUCUGGUUCGGGUACUGCAAUAGCUCCUUGAACCCUGUCAUCUAUACCAUUUUCAACCAUGACUUCAGACGGGCAUUCAAAAGGAUCCUCUGCAGGAUAGAGAGAAAAAGGAUUGUUUGAAGGACCUUUUGCUACCAGCAGGACUAAAUAACUCAAGACUUCAUAGGAGAGUAAGGCAUGGGUCUCUUGGGCUGUGCUUGCAUGGGGUGGUUUCCUUCAGCUUGCUGGAAGCCUUUAAAACCUGAGAUGAGCCUGUCAAAACGCCAGGCAGCAGCAGCGAGGAGCAGCAGGCAAGUGGAAGUCUGAGCCGUAGCAUUCAGCUUUCCAGGGGAGGAUGGCUUUUGACUUGCUUAGUUAUUUUGUUAGUUUUUCUUUCGUUUUUCCUUUUUUUUUUCUUUUGCCAGAAUCUCUCGGUGGAUAUCUUUGUGACUGCUCAGUUUGACUCUUUAAAGACAAAACAACUGAUGUGCAGCUCCAUGAGAUGAACAACAAAGAGGGAGUACACCACCUCAGAGGGGUUGGCUUUUUUAUGUUACUGUAUCUUUUCUUUUUGUUGUUGGAUGUGUAAUUAAUUUUAAGCCCCUUGUAAAAUACUAUAUUGUAUCCCAGAAUCUGAAUGUCUUAAUUUUUGUAAAGCAAGCAGCUUUGAAACUGUGAAUGCUUUAGUAAUCUUUGACAUCUGAAAAGUUGCUCUCUUUCUCCUUCCUCCUUUUCCCCUCUAACAGUUAGGGUCAUUUUCCCUACCUGGCAGUUUGAUAACAUUACCAAAAUUUCAAUUGCCCUGUGGAUUUUUGGGCUAUAAAGCUUAGACUCACAGACUACACAAUAUAUAUACACACAUAUAUAUUUAAUGUCAUAUCUGACUCUGUUUAAUUUUUGUGUUGCCUGUUGAUACAAUACAUAUGCAAUACUGUGACACAAGACGGUUGAGACAGACAGUCAGAAGGAGUUACUAAAACAGAUGCUAAUAGACCAGGGGGGUUGCAGGUAGUUGGGGGUGACCCAGGGGCUGCAGGAGGCUGUUUCUCCUGCAGCGUGAAGCUUGGGAGCUGGCCAAGCUCCCACGAGCUAAUCUCCGUUCACAUUACCCCACCCUGCAGCACUGAAAUGGGUUCAACACUAACUCACUUCCCCCACCUCUGACUGUAAAUACGUAACAUUUCAGAGCAGGUAUCAGGGCUCCACAUAUCAUGUUAUCUGAUUUGUAUUGAUUUCUGCCGUUUCGACUCCGACGGGGUUUCCUUCCUGCGGAGGUUUGUGCGCAGAGGCUGUUCUACCUUUCUGAAUUUUGCCGCCAGAGCUAAGUUUUUAAUCUGCCACUCUCAUUUUUUGUAGGGGAUGCUGAACUGUCCCUCUUUCGGUCUCAAUCGUAUACAGGGCAAAAAUCUGAAAUGUGAAACUUACUGGCAGGUUUCCUAGUAUUUUAUAGUGUAAUUAUGCUUUUUAAAAGAAGAUAGAUGUAAAUAUUGUGAGACUGGAGCAGGAGAGAAAAAAUACUGCUCUUUCUUACACUCCUUUCCUGAAAUGUCUUUCAGCUCUGUCUGCUACAGAAAACAAACAAACAAAAAAAAAACCCCAAAACAAAACCCCAACCUGAACAGAACAAAUCUAACAUCCUUAUGCCAUGAAGAAGUGUCUGGAGAAUAUUAGAAGGAAAAACAUUUUGUCUGUUACAAUAAAUGUGUCGGAAAGCCUUUUAAUGUUAUAACAGCAGCUUUAUUGAAUACUGACAAAUCACAGAAAUUGUUUGGAAAGAGCAAACUUUGUUUAAGACUCUUGUAAAAGUGAGUUUGUCUAUACUGGCGUUGUACAGUGCACAGGAAGAGACUUAGAGAAAAUAGUACCUUUUUACUUUUAGAAGUGUUUUGUUGAUUUUGCUCUCUCUUUGAACUCUGUAAUUAUCUCCAAGGGUCCCUGAGUGUAUUUUGGGAUCUGGAGAGCAAUGUUUACAUUCACUUACAUUUUCAGAAUUGAAUCCUCAAGAGGUGAGGAAAGCAAAGAAGCUGUGCUUUACUGAAAAAAAAAAUCAAAAAAACCUGGAAAUUGCUAUA